AUGCGCUACAUUGAUAUGUUCCAGGAUGUCACAUCUCUGCAGAUCGCAUUAGACGAUUGCAGGAAGUUGCUGGCUGAUAGCGAGGUAAAGCGUCGGUUCAAUGGCUCCAUCAACGCCACCGUUUUGGUGACGAAGCCCGGCGUGCAGAACAUCGAAGGCUGGAAGAUGCAAGUCGACAACUCUCGACGGCGAAUCGCAGCAUUGGAGGAAUUGGAGCUCAGAAAGAGCGAAGCCGGCAAUGCUAUGGAAGUCAGUACAAGGAUGUGGGAAAUUGAACGCCUCGGCCAUGAGGUUCAGGGUCGAGACGCCACACUAGUGGCAUUGAAAAUGACUACCAGAGUGACGAGCAAAGCGGUGAAGGAUCUGGAGAAAUCACAGCAUCAGCUUCAAGAGCAAGACUUCGCCGUGGCGAAACUACAUGCGGAUGUCGACCUCCUGCAAGAUCAGAAUGGCCGCUAUGAAGCGGUGGUGAAAGAAUGGAAGGUUGGCGUCAUGCGUGACCGUGGUCGCUGCCUACUAACGGCCCUCAUCUAUCCCAUCAUUGGCAAGGAAUAUGCCGUCCGCUUGGAUCGAGCUACGUCUUGCCCGGUCUGCCUGGAGAGGUCGCUGAAGCCGUGGCUGCAAAGGUAUCCGAUGUACCGCCAGAGUCAAUCGGAGAACGAAGCCCACAUAAUCGCAGCGGACCAGGGCGAAGCUCCCCACCCAGCGUACACGUGCCCUGAGUGCCGGGCAGAAGUCAAGAGCGCACCUAUAAGAGCACACUCGUUCGAGGAUAUCGUCGCAUUGAUUGCUAGACUCUUGGGAGACGAAUCAUCCGACGGGCGCGAAACCGCGAGUGCGGAGGGCGACCAUGGUCACUCUGGUGCCGGCCUCGGGCGCAGCGCCUUUGACGAGUUCUUCCCGGUCUAG